CUUGCUCUAAGGUCAAUAAAGGCGGAGAGGAGGCUUGUCUCCCUGCCUUUCUUCAUGCUGAUUAGCUAGGCAUGUGAUUAGAGCUGCUGUCUGCUAUUUAGUUUGCCCUACAGUCAGACUGGUCUGCUGUCAGAAGAAACACAGCCUGAGGACUAAGUCAGCACAAAGCACAACUCAUCAUCAGACUAUGCCUGGCACCGCUACAGGCAAGAAGCUUGAUCUGUCCAAGCUCACAGAUGAGGAGGCCAAGCAUGUGUGGGCAGUGGUCCAGAGAGAUUUUGACCUAAGGAAGAAGGAAGAGGACAGACUUGAAGAGUUAAAGACCAAAAUUGAGAAAGAAGACACCAAGAGAGAGUUGCUGGGAAACCAGACCAGCCUGACUGAGUCCUACUGUAUACGCUGUCUGCAGCCUUUCAAGUUCCUGGUCAACAUCAAGUGUCAGUGUCUGGACUGUCAGCUGCACGUGUGCAAGUCCUGCAGCCAGUACAACAAGAAGGAGCAGGGCUGGGUGUGUGAUCCCUGCCGCAUGGCAAGGGUCCUGAAGAUUGGCACGCUAGAGUGGUACCAUGCAAACGUCCGUGCUCGCUUCAAGCGCUUUGGCAGUGCCAAGGUGAUGCGCUCGCUCUUCAAAAGGUUGAAUGGAGAGCACAGGUCCUCCCACAGUGACCUCAGGGAAAACGAAUUUGGGGAGCACAGUCUGGAGGCAGCAGAUUGCCAUCACUACAAAGAGAUAAAAAAGGCCAAACGGCGUCUGACUGUCGACCCCUUUGAUUUCGCUCUGGACUGUGACUAUUCUACUGGGUCAAGGCGCCUAAAUCAGGCUCAGGACCCCGGUGAUGUUGUGGAUGUAGGCGUGAGGGAGUCCAGCCUCGUUGAGGCUCAUCUGGCCGCUGUUUUCCGUCAGAUUUGGAAGGAGGAGCACCGAGAAGCUUCACGUCAAGAUGAAUUUGUGUUCUCCGACAACCCGACUCUUCCAUCUCGCUCCGUCUCCCAGCUCAGCUAUUCAUCCUGUGGGAGUGGAAGCGCUCCGGGCCCCUGGGGCAGCAGCAGUUUCGUGGCCAGAGCCGAUGAGUCCGAGGAGGACGAGCACCGCUCGAACCCACUGCACCAGUCGCACCGUGUCACCGGCAGCCCCACGUCCCAGGGGAGCCUGAACUCAGCCAACCCCACGUCUCAGAUCACUGACCUAGACAGACGCAUGUCAGCCAUUGAGACCUUCCUGAACCACAUGGAACAGAAAGUCAGCUCAACAUACAAUCAGACUCCUCCGACUUCUAACAGCAGCUCUCCCCUGCCUCGUUGGGAGGACGUGGACCUAGAGGAGCAGCAGCUCAGGCAGAAGCUGCACCAGAUGACGGACAACAUUAGCGACAAGAGCCUGACCUCUGAUGAUGAAGAUGGGUCCAACAAGCCCCAGUGUCCUCAAGAGGUCCCAGCAUGGAGGAGCCAGUUGGGGAGCUCCAAGCCUUCAAGACUACCUACCAGGCCUGCAUCCAGAGGCAGCACGAGGAUCUCCAGACCUGAGGAGCAGCAGCACAGAGAGCCCAAGGAGGCAGACGAUUCAGCAGAAAGUGUGGAGGGGAAGGGGCGCCCCCUAGAGGAAGGGUUCAAGGGCCCUGCGGCCUUACUGGUGGAGCUUGAGGACAAAGUAGCUCAAACAGCUGCCGACGUGCAGAACGCCCAGAGUGAGGUCUCCUACAUAGAAAACAAGAUUGCUGCUCUGAAUGCUGCUGGCAUGCCAGUGGAUAAAAAGAAGCGGUCUGCAAUCCCGGUCCAAGCAAGAAGAAUGUCCCACAACUUUCCCACAAACCAGGUGGACUCAUUUGUGAGGAACUCCCUCUACACGGGCUCUCUGACACAAAGGAACCCAAAGGCAAAGCCCAAGACCAGGGCAACCUGUGCGAAGCCAGUAAUGAGCCAGGGCUUAUGAGGAGGAGGAUCGUGUGACUGAGCAUCUUCUGCUACAGUACAACAUCUUUUGUUGCUUUAUUGAGCUAAAACGUUUAUAAUUUGAAUGUUGAGACAUUAAACUCUGCCAGUUUUAUUUAAGGAUGUACGUUAAUAGGUUACACACAAUUAACACUAACACUGUUUGAUAUGAAUAUAUUUCUGUCAUUUAGAUUUAUGUUCAGUUUUCAUAUUGAUUUAAAAUCCUUCUUUGGUUUGUGAAAAUAAAGGCUCAAGAUAAAAAAACAGACUUAUGUUGGAUUAACUGCAGAGAGUCUUUUCAUCGUUGACGUUUGAUGCUUUAUUGACUUCUUAUUUACAGUAGUAUUUAGGUCUAGUUUACCAACUGUUUUGCUGUCAGAGCUGUCAACCUUGAGUCAUGUUGCCAUGCGUUAUUUCAAUAAUACCUUGACCACCCAAGAAUUAAUAUAAUCAGUAGGUUUGUACUGAAUAACAUUUUAGCAUCAAUAAAAACAUAAACCCAACAUUUUGUAUUAGCAGCUGUAAAAAAUAAACGGUGAUUAAAUGAAUAAGGAAACACAACAAAUUCAACCAACAUCAAUACAUUUUUUAAUGAAGAAGAAAAAGCUGUGAGUCAGAUCUUAAGCAUCUGUGCAUCUGAAAUUCACUGUGGUUUGGCUUUGUGCUGAAUUUGUUUUAAUAAUAAACAAAAGUAUUCUGAACUUUGCUUAAAUGAUUGUGUAAUUUAAUGUGUGCAAUAAUGUGUCAUUCAUCAUAUUAAAUUAUGAUUAUAAAUGAA